AUGUUGAAAGUUGUUUGUUGCCAUAGGAUCCAAAAGGAGCCUUGUUUCUGUUUGGACGAACACGAGGAUUCCCAUCAUCUUCAUCAACAACAAUAUCACGACCAUGACAUUUUGGGCAAUGAGGAAGAAGAAGAAUACCUGGAUGAAAGCACAAGCACCCAAAUCAACACUACAACCUCUUCCUCCCAUUCCUCAAAUAAUAAUAAUAACAACAACAACACUCCUCCUCCCAUUCCUCCCAAUAAACCGAAAUUAACUCCAUCCACACCAUCCGACAGCGUGGAUAGCAGCAGUAGUGAGAGCAGUCAUUUACAAGGAACAAGUACAACAACAACAACAACAACAGUAGUAACAACAACAGCCUCAGCAAAUUCUCCUCCCGUGCCCGUAAAACCUACACGAACCAAUCGGAGAACUAUUGUCGACAAUGAAGAAGGCUCUUCUCAUGAUCAUCACUCGUCUUCUCCCAUCCUCCCAACACAGGGAUCUUCAACAACACAAAGCCCUACGGUAGGAACAGUGAGUAAACGUUCUCAAUCCAUCAUGAGAUCCAAUAGUGGAGGAGGACCCAACCACAGAAAAUUAUCUCAACAAAUCCAUCAUAAUAUUCAUGAUGAUGGACAAUUCAGAUACAUGUAUGUACCACCGCAUCGUCUCGUGUAUACCAUUGAGACUCAUGUACGAAUGCUGCCCAAUGAUUAUUCCUACGAAGAGGAAUCUAAACAAUUUGAAGAGAGAGCAGCUGAGAAUGUUACAGAAUCUCAGGUCGAACCAUUUGUUGGUCAAUUACCUUUACCUCCUAAUUGUAAUUUAUUUAAACAAGCUUUGAGAUAUAGGAAUGCAUUGGAAGAUUUGAAUUCAUCACAUCAUCACUCUCAUACAAGCAGUAAUGUAUCGAGUUCACAACAAGUCAAUUUGAAUCGAAGACCUUCUCAAGGUAGAAGAAAACAAAGUUUGAUUCAACAACCACAGGGAAAGCAAAGAAAACAUAGUGCGAAAGGAUCAGCCUCUACAUUGCCUCAUGGUGCGGUAAGACAUGUUCAAAGUGUCAAGGAUCCGUUCCCUGAAGAAAUUGCUGGAAAAGGAAUUCCUGUGAGAAUUGGAUUGUCACAAUCUUUGAGUACCUCAACAAGUACAGUGACCAAUGGAAGUCUUAAUGGGCAUACGACCUCCACGGCACAAUCUCAAUUACCUUUCACAUUACAAAAUCAUCAAGAUCGAUUGUGUGAUAUUCCUUUCCCUCCUUAUAACUCUGUGAAUUUGUAUGCAAAUAGUUUGAAUUAUGUCUAUGAAGAUCAUUGGCAAGUAGAGAAAUCUAGACCUCUUCUCCAAGCAACUCUCGUUUCUCCACAGAUUGAUGAUGACCGAUCUAAAUGGAGAACUCGUGUUCUCAGUAGAUUCCCAGUGAUGCAAGAAUUGUCAGAACGUCUUUAUCCUCUUUGGAGAACGAUUAGUUUUGGUGAAUUGUUUAACGCUGGUAGAAAAGAAGUACGAAAGAAUCUCAAAGAAGAACAUGUCAUGAAUAUCAUUAUGCAACAUUUAACAUUUGAAGGGUUGAAGAAAACUAGAGCAAAACUUGAAGAAGAAGCACAAAUCAAAUACGAAGGUAUUGAUGUGGAUCAAAGCUUACUUCACGCACUUGCCAAGGAAGCCGUUAAGAAGUCAGAAAAAUUAAUGGAUACAGUUAUUUGUGACAAAUUUUCACCAGCUUAUAUUCAAAAGAAUAAGGGUAAAAUUUUGAAGGAAUUGGAUGAACUAUUGAGUCUUGAAUUUGGUAUCAACAAUGAUGAAUUUGGUUCAUCUAGAAAGCGAGACGAAGAUGUCAAUAUCUGGAAAGAACCUGAAAGACAAAAUGAAAUUGUUGAUUUUGAUCCUGUAAACAAAUCCGAACACUUCCAAGCAGGAUCACUCAACAAGGUCAUUGAAAGAUUAACCAUGCCAACACAAGAUCAACAAUUUAUUGAUAUAUUCCUUAACACAUACAUGGCCAUUACAUCUCCAGAGACUGUUCUUGCAAAAUUGUUCCAACGAUUCAGAGUUCCAAGUCAUUUCACACCUGAUGUUAAAAACGGAGUUCAAUCAGGUGUCAUUCGAGUCUUAAUUAUUUGGCUCGAAAAUCACUUCCAUCAUUUUACGAAUAACAUGUUACAAAGAAUUCAAUCAUUUUUGGAUGAACAAGCUCAACAGCAAGCCAAAAUCAAUAAGAGCAGAAAGAAGAUUAACGAAAUUAUUUCACAAAUGCGAAAUAAGAGUAACAAGCCAGAAGAAAUGCAAUUCCGACCAAGUGAUAAAAUUCCAGAUCCCAUCAUUCCGUUGGGUAAAAUUUUCUCUCCAGAUCUUGCUGUAGAAGAUAUUGACGGCGAAGAAAUGGCAAGACAAUUAUGUCUCUAUGAAUUUGACAUGUAUUUUGCCAUCAAAUCUGAAGAGUUGUUGAAUCAAGCAUGGACUAAACCUAAAUUGAAACAUCGUGCCACCAAUGUGAUUGCCAUGAUGAAUUUCUUUGAAAAUAUUUCACUAUGGGUUGCAAGUUUAAUUUGUAGAGGUAAAUCAACCUAUGAGAGAAAGCACUCUUACAAAAAGUUGAUUAUUAUUUGUGAACAUUUGAGAAAGCUCAACAAUUUUAACACGCUCAAAGCAAUAUUGAAUGGUUUUGAAACUGGUGCUGUGAAGAGAUUGAAAGAAACAAGAAAUGAAUUGGGAAACAAAUCGAAAGAGGCUGAGACGGUUCUCAAACAGCUCAUGAGUGAAGAAAAUAACUACAAACGAUAUAAGGAAGUAUUGAAACAAAGCUCAGUCCCUGCCAUUCCCUAUUUAGGAGUACAUCUUCAAGAUUUGGAAUAUAUUGAGAAGAAUCAUCACGAUUUUGUGAAGAAUACCAAUCGAAAUGGAAGUGAAUUAAUUAAUUGGAUUAAGAGAGAAUCACUCUCUGAGGUAAUCAAGGAAAUCAAACACUUCCAAAAUCCAAUUGGUUACAAAUUCGUGAAGGUCUAUCAAAUUCAAGAGCUCAUUCGAAACAUGCCUGGCAAAGUUCCCAAUCAACAAUCACUCAUGAUGCUCAGUUAUAAGGCAGAAGGAAAUUUCCCAUAUAACUAA